AUGGCGUCCAACAUAGCAUCGAGCUCCACCUCGUCAACGUCGACAGCUGCAGCCACAGCGGCAGGCAAGCUCCGCACGGGCCUUGCGCACAAAUCCGCCGGCAACGCCGCUUUUACCGCUGGCGACAUCCCCUCCGCUCUUUCGUCGUAUCACCACGCGGUGCUCUACCUGUCCGGUCUUCAAAACCGCAGUAUUCUGGGUCUGAUGGGUGAGAACUCGGGUCGGCACGGUCAGCCCGACGACCUCUCCUCGGAUGAAGAGGAAGGCGAGACGCCCGCCGCGCAGAGCGAAAAGGAGCUCUCCAUGGUCUACUCUAACAUGGCUGCGUGCUUCCUCAAGCAGGAGAAGUACGAGAGGGCGAUUCAGACGGCGGAAAAGGCGCUCAAGUGCGAUUCGGGCAAUGCAAAGGCCAAGUACAGGAAGGCGCAGGCGAUGAGGUUGGGUGGAGACGUGUAUGCCGCGCAGCGGGUGCUCAGAGAGGCGGUGGAGGGGAUGAAGGGGGAGAAAGGGAAGGAGGAGGUGGUCAAGAGCUUUGAGGCCGAGCUGGCGUUGGUGGACAAGGCGAUCAGCCAGAGAGAGGGGAUGGCGAGGAACAAGUGGAAGGGGUUCCUUGGGAAGAAUCCGAGAGUGUUCGAGGUCGAAUCGGCGGCGGCCUCGGCCACGACCGAGAAGGAGGGUGAAGGAGAGGCAGCUGACGAUGAUGACUCAAAAGACAAGUCAUAG